ACCGCUAAUGCUUAACUGUUUCACACUUCUUUCUUAAACCCUAACAACUAAAUUGGUAAAACCCUGAUACCUCUGCAACAAUUCACAGGGCAGACAGUCUCACCACGCAAAUUUGAACCGUUCACAACCAUGGCGACGCCGUCUCAUGCUCGAGCGGUUAAGUCGCUCAACAAAUCCCCGGGUCUCCAUGGCCGCCGUUUUGUUUUCAAGACAUUCUCACAGAGAAUCGAAGAAAUUGAAAUUGAUGUUUAUUCAAGUCUUAAUAAAAUUAAGUCUGCCCCAUCAGAGGGGUCCACUUUUCUGCGGGACUGCCUUAUCGAAUUUAGGGAAUUAAAUACAGCAGAAGAUUUCAUCUCAUUUUACGAGGAGAUGAUGCCCUUUGUGCAAACAUUACCUUUGGUGAUAUUACACAAAGAAACCAUUUUUUCGCAACUUCUUUCUAGAUUACAAGUGAAAGCACGACUAUCAGUUGAAGCGAUUCUCAGGUUGAUUGCAGCUUUAUGUAGAGAUCUUCCUGAUGACUUUGUCUCCUUUCUACCAAGGAUUGUUGAUUCAUGGGUGUCUCUCCUCAAAAGUGGUGCUGAUAGGGAGCCAGAUAUCAUCGAGCAGAUUUUCGUGACAUGGUCAUAUAUUCUGAUGUAUUUGCAAAAAUCUCUUUUGGAAAACAAUAGGCUUGUAGAUGUGCUCAAGCUCACAGUAAAAUUAAGAUAUUAUCCUAAGGAGUAUGUCCAAGAAUUUAUGGCAGCAACAACAUCAUUAUUGCUGAGAAAUGCUUCUGAGGGGCAGCUUAGGAAAGGUAUUGCAAAGGUCAUUCUUGAGGUUGUCAAGAAACCAUUACCUGUGAAAAAUUAUGGAGCCAGCGCUUUGCUUUAUUUUGUUAUGAGAGGAACCAUGUCAAGGCCUUAUUCAAGACCGGAUCGGGUACUGCUGCAGUUGACAAGCGAAAAAAUAUUCAGCAUUGGUGAUGAAUGUGAUCAAGGUUCUAACACUGUUGAUGAAGUUCUAACUACAACCCUUCAACGUUUAUGCGAGGAGCUAGAACCAAAGGAAUUAGAUUUUUUGUGGAAUAGCCUAUAUCAGAAAAUAGACUACUAUGCAAUCAAUGAUCACUUGCCGUAUCUAAGUCGCUUUUUGUCACUGCUUAUAUCAAGCGCCCAAAUUAAUGAUGGCCACAAAGUUUCUGAUUACCAACCUAUGCUUGAAUGUGUGAAAAACCUUUUUGAGAGGUUUAUCAUUCCUUAUGUUGCCUUGAAGGGAGAAAACCAUUUCUCUGAAGUUAUUGAUAAGGUUCUACAAUUAUUGCUAUGCACUCUUGAUGGGCUCAAGAGUUGCAAUGAUAUGGCUACCAUCUCGCAUUGUUUGCUGCAAUGGGCUCCUGCAUUCAAGUUGAGGAAUUCAAGCAUUUUGACCUUUUUAAGUGAGCUAAUGAAGAGAGACCCAUGCAUACUGUAUGAAUUCAGAGCUAAUAUCUUGAGUGCGAUGAAUGAUUUAAUAGAAACUUCACAGAAAGAGAUUGUAUUUCUGCUUUUGACUUUCUGUGAGAAACUGCAAAUGGAUCCUCUUAGAUCCAACUUUUUAGAUGGUUCACCUGAAGGACGAUAUUCAAGGAUUACAGGUUUUCUGCAACAGACAGUGCGCUUCUGGCUGGCUGUGAUUGAUAAUAUCGUUAAUGGAAAUGGCUCAUUUACUCCAAUUGAAAGGGGUGAGUUGACUCUGCUGUGGCAAGUUGUCUGCUGCUAUCCUUACGUGAUGGACCUUCAAGAAACGCCAUCCUUGUUAAUGGAUCUGAUAGAUGCACUUGAUCGGCUUUUUAUAAUUGAGGCUGAAAAUAUUGCAGGUUUUCCUAAACAUACUUGGCAAAGCUUAAUUGGUGCUUCUUUAAGUUCUCAUUACAAAUGUGGUAAAAAGUUUGAGCUUGAAGAAACAAGCAAAGUUCUGCGUCUAGCAAAAACAUACAAGUCAUCCUCGCAAGUAUUGUCUGCUGUUGCUGAUUAUUUGGACCAUGUGCAUGGGUCAACACUGGAAGUAGACACCAGCCAUAAAACAUAUCAUCCCGAGUUUGAAGGGAAGAAGGCUGUGGAUGCAUUUGAUGUAUUUGCUGAUAAUUUGUGCAAUCCUGACAAGGGGAUUCGUGUUCCAACUCUAAGAAUUUUGUGUCACUAUGAACCUCAAGGUUGUCAAAUGUCAGCUAUAGACCAGCCACCUGAGAAGAAAAUGAAAACAGAAUUUUCUGAGACAUGCCCUGAGGAUAGUCAGAGCAUUGAUGUUCUUCAACUUCUUCUCUCGAUCGAGGCAACUACACUUUCAAUAUCUACCAGCAGGAAAGUUGUCCUAUUGAUCUCUAGAAUACAGAUGGGGCUUUCUGCUGGAAGAAUAGCUGAGGCUUAUAUACCCAUUUUGUUGAGUGGGAUGAUUGGCAUCUUCCAUAACCGUUUUAGUUAUCAAUGGGCUUCGGCAUCUGAAUGCCUUGCAGUUCUAAUUGGCAAGCAUGUUGCCCUUGCAUGGGACAAAUUUGUCUGUUAUCUUGAACAUUGCCAAUCUGUAUUUCAUAUGUUUAAUGAUAAACCUGGAGGAAGUGCUGAAUUGUCUGACCAGUCCAGUGACUUGGCUGAGUGUUCAUUUGUCGCUCCUGUAUCUGAUAGCACACCAUGUGCCACUGUUCUAUCUUCAUUGCUUCAAACUCUGCAAAAAAUUCCCUCUGUUGCUGAAUCUCGUUCUCGACAAAUAAUACCUUUGUUCUUGAAGUUUUUGGGCUACAAUAAUAAUGAUCUUGCUAGUGUGGGAUUAUUCAAUCCAGUUACUUGCAAAGGUAAGGAGUGGAAGGGCAUCCUCAAAGAAUGGUUAAACUUGCUGAAACUUAUGAGGAACUCUAAGGCCUUCUACCAAAAUCAGUUUGUAAAAGAUGUUCUGCAAACAAGGCUCAUUGAUGAAGAUGAUGUUCAUAUACAAACAAGUGUCCUAGAUUGCCUCUUAACCUGGAAAGAUGAUUUCUUGCUCCAAUAUGAGCAACAUUUGAGAAACUUGAUCAGUUCAAACCAUUUAAGAGAAGAACUAAUAACAUGGAAUUUAAGCAGAGAAUCUGCAGUCAUUGAAGGUGGUCACAGAGCCAAUCUUGUGCCUCUUGUUAUUCUCCUCCUGAUGCCAAAAGUGCGAAAACUGAAGAUGCUGGCCUCUCGAAAGCACACAGGUAUAAAUCAACGAAAGGUGGUUCUUCGGUUCAUAGCUCAACUCGAUGUUGGCGAGUUAACUCUUUUCUUCAUGUCAUUAUUAAAGCCCUUGCAUAUUUUACCGGAGGGAGUUGAUAGUGCUGCAAUUUUUUUUUGGAAUUUAUGCAAGAGUUCUGUGGAUGAAUUUCAAACCUCUGAUAUCUUGAAGCAUUUCACCAUGGAAAAAAUAAUGGCCCUUUCUUGGAAGCAGAGGACUGGCUUUCUGCAUGUUGUGGAAGAUAUUCUUGGAGUUUUUGAUGAAUCACGCAUCAGACCUUUUCUGGAUCUAUUGAUGGGAUGUGUGGUUCGGUUACUGGGAAGCUGCACUGCAAGUCUUGAUGCUGUGAAGGAUGCAUCUUCUGUAGUCGAAGAUAAUACUAGUGACAACCAGAAAUUGCAUGAGAACAACAAUGUGAUAAUAAAUCAAGUAGCGAGAAGCACGACUGUGAAGCAGUUUAAAGAUAUGCGGUCUUUAUGCCUAAGAAUUGUUUCCCUUGUUUUGAACAAGUAUGAUGAUCAUGAUUUUGGCAAUGAAUUCUGGGAAUUGUUCUUCAAAUCAGUGAAACCUUUAAUUGACAGUUUCAAGCAGGAGGGUUCUAGUAGUGAGAAACCAAGUUCAUUGUUUUCAUGCUUUUUGGCGAUGAGUAGAAGUUCCCAUCUUGUACCACUUCUGUUCAGAGAAAAGAAUCUUGCUCCUAAUAUUUUUUCGAUAUUAACUAUCCCAACAGCUACCGAGGCUAUUAUAUCUUGUGUUCUAAAGUUCAUUGAGAAUCUGUUGAAUCUUGAAGAUGAUUUGGAUGAUGAAGACAAUGCCGCACAAAAACUUCUACUUCUGAACCUUGAUGAACUCAUCAACAGCUUGCACCAUCUCUUCCAAAGUGAUAAAGCAACCAAGAGAUAUCCGGGAGAGAUUCAAAUUAGAAUUUUCAAAUUCCUAUCGAAGUAUAUAAAGGAUCAAUUACCAGCAAGGCAGCUUGUGGAUAUCUUGCUUUCAUCAUUAGCAUUGAGAUAUAAAGAUUCAGAUGUUUGCAUUGAAUAUUUGCAAGUAGUUCGGGACAUCAUUCCAGUUGUAGGAAGUGAGAGUGGUUCAAAAAUUCUUAAAGCAGUCUCUCCACUCCUUACUUCUGUUGGACUUGAUGUGCGGUUGUCUAUUUGUGAUCUUCUUGAUGUUCUUGCUAAAAGUGAUCCUUCUUUCCUCUUUGUGGCAAAGCUUCUCCAUGAAUUGAAUGCAACCUCUGCCACUGAGAUGGGUGGCCUUGAUUAUGAUACAGUUUUCAAAGCUUAUGAAAAAGUUGGUGUUGGUUUAUUCUAUACUAUCCCAGUAGAUCAAGCAUUAGUUAUUUUGUCGCAUUGUGUGUAUGAUAUGUCAUCAGUUGACAUAACUUUAAGGCACAGCGCUUAUAGUUCAUUGCUCUCAUUUGUUGAAUUUUCCUCUGCAAUUCUUUGUGGAGAAGAUCAAAACCAACAAGUGAUAACAAACUGUGAAGGUUGUUGGACAAGGGCAUCUAUUCAGCGCACAAUAAAUAAGUUUCUUUUGAAAUAUAUGGGCAAUGCAAUGAAGGCAAGAAGUUCAGUUAGAAAGGAAUGGAUUGAAUUGUUGCGAGAUAUGGUGUUGAAACUUCCAAAGGUGGCAAAGUUUAGUUCAUUCAAAGCUCUGUGCUCUGAAGAUGCUGAAGUAGAUUUUUUCAAUAAUAUUAUUCACUUACAGAAGCGCAUGAUCGCAAGGGCUCUGUUGCGUUUUAAAACUGUUAUCAGUGAAAGUACUGCAUCAGAGGACAUCUUAAAUAAAAUAUUUGUCCCUCUUUUCUUCAAUAUGUUACUUGAAGAACAAGGAGGAAAAGGAGAGCAUAUCAAAUCUGCAUGUUUGGAAGCUCUUGCCUCAAUUUCUGCUCUCAUGGAAUGGAAGUCAUAUUAUAACUUACUGAUUAGGUGCUUUCAAGAAAUGAAUGUGCAUCUAGACAAGCAGAAGAUUUUGUUGCGCCUAAUUUGCUCUAUCUUGGACCAGUUUCAUUUUUCACAAAUUUGUUCAAGCCAAGAAGUCAAAGAUCCUCCUGACAGCAGUUUAGCUGACACCUCUGAUAGUUGUUCUGUGGCUGUAUCGCGCAAAUGUGUUGAUGGUACUUCAUCAGCCAUGGUACACAAAAAUGGUACUUCUAUUGGGCUUUCUGAAAUACUGGCAUGCCUCCAUAAAACUGUGCUCCCAAAGAUACAAAAAUUACUAGACUCUGAUUCUGACAAGGUCAAUGCAAACAUUAGCGUGGCAGCACUAAAAGUUCUAAAGUUGCUUCCGGGGGACACAAUCGAUUCACAACUUCCAAGUAUCAUUCAUCGCAUCGCAAACCAAUUAAAAAGUCGGAUGGAAAGCAUUCGCGAUGAAGCUAGGCUUGCUUUGUCCGCUUGUUUAAAAGAACUUGGGCUGGAAUAUUUGCAGUUCAUAGUCAGGGUUCUACGAGCUACCUUGAAGAGAGGAUAUGAACUCCAUGUAUUGGGAUACAGUCUCAACUUUAUCUUGUCAAAGUUUCUAUCAGGUCCUGUCUGUGGGAAGCUGGAUUAUUGUUUGCAAGAUCUUCUUUCUGCUGUAGAGAAUGACAUUCUUGGAGAUGUUGCUGAAGAGAAAGAGGUGGAAAAGCUUGCUUCCAAAAUGAAAGAAACUAGGAAGCAAAAGUCAUUUGAAACCUUGAAAAUGAUUGCACAAAACAUAACAUUCAAAACCCACGCUUUGAAACUUCUUUCACCUGUCACAACUCACAUGCUGAAGCAUCAGACACCAAAGGUGAAACCUAAAUUGGAAAGUAUGCUAAAUCACAUAGCGGCUGGCAUUGAGCAUAAUCCAUCAGCUGAUCAGACUGACCUAUUCAUUUUCAUAUAUGGCCUCAUUGAAGAUUGGAUCAAAGAAGAAAAUAGUUCUUUGAAGAAUUCUUCCAGUGCAGUAGCAAAAUUACACAGUAGAGGUGAUGUGAGUCAGAAAACAGUUUCUUCAGGCCGAGUUGUUGGCACUAAAUCAGUGUGCUCACAUCUUAUUGCUGUGUUUGCUCUUCGAUUAUUCCAAAACCGUAUAAAGAGAGUGAAAUUGGAUAAAAAUGCUGAGCAGCUUUUAUCGAUGCUGGAUCCAUUCGUUGAACUGCUAGGCAAUUGCUUGAGUUCUAAUUAUGAAGAUAUUUUAUCAGCUUCCCUUACAUGCCUUACUCCACUGGUAAGACUGCCGUUGCCAUCCCUUACAUCUCAGGCUGAUAGAAUAAAGGUGACAUUGUUGGAUAUUGCCCAAAGUUCUGUAAACACUAGCAGUCCUUUGAUGCAAUCAUGCCUACGAUUGUUAAUUGCACUUCUGUGGAGUACUAAUGUUACCCUUUCCUCAGAACAAUUGCAUCUGCUAAUUGAAUUUCCACUUUUCGUUGAUCUGGAAAGAAAUCCUUCUUUCAUUGCCCUCUCCCUCCUAAAAGCAAUUGUGAAUCGGAAGCUAGUUGUUCCCCAGAUGUAUGAUUUGGCUAUUCGAGUUGCAGAACUGAUGGUCACAAGCCAAGUGGAGUCCAUUCGUAAGAAAUGCAGUCAGAUCCUGUUGAAAUUCCUACUUCAUUACCGUCUUUCAAAGAAAAACUUGCAACAACAUUUAGACUUUCUGCUCAAUAAUUUAAGCUACGAGCAUUCAACUGGAAGAGAAGCUGCACUUGAAAUGCUUCAUGCAAUAAUUAUCAAAUGUGGAAAAAUCAAUAUCGAAGAAUUCAAUUCUCAAGAAGGAUCUCAGAAGAAGUUUUUGGAUAAACAUGGACAAUCUUUAUUUAUACAUUUGGUCCAGUGCUUGGCGAAUGAUAGUGAUAAUAAAGUUCGGUUGAUGACCGGUGCAGUUAUAAAGCUUCUCAUUCGACAUAUAAGCUCAGAUGGAUUUAAUUCCAUUAUGGACUUCAUUCUAUCUUGGUACAUGGAUGAGAAGCAGAACCUGCAAAGUCUUGGUGCUCAGACCAUGGGGUUACCUGUUGAGAUUUGUUUAGACAUGAAGGAAGAAGUUGAGCGCAUGAAGGAAGAAGUGAAGGGCAUGAAGGAAGAAGUGAAGGGCAUGUCGGAUAAAAUUGGGGUCUUGACUAGAAAAGCUGAGGCCAUGAAGAAGGAAAUUGAGGACAAGUCUAAAAGAAUUGAGGGCAUGAAGGAAGAAGUUAAGAGCAUGGAGGAAGAAGUUGAGGUUUUGGCUAAAAAAGACAAGGUUAUGAAGGAAGACAUUGAGGAUAAGAAGAAAAAUGUUAAGGACAAGUCUGCAAAAAUUGAGGGCGUAGAAAGAAAAAUUGAGGUCACAAAGAAAAAAAUUGAGGUUUUCAAAAAAAGCUUGGAAAAGUACAUUCAUAGUGCAUUGCCAGUGAGCAAAAAAAUCUUGCAGUCUGCUGUAAAAGUUGUUGCUAGUGAGCCUCUACUAGAUCAUUCUGAUGCAGCCAUUCCUUUCUGGAAAGAGGCGUAUUACUCACUGGUUAUGCUAGAGAAGAUUCUAAAUUGUUUCCAUGAUCUAUGCUUUGAAAGGGACCUUGAGGAUAUAUGGGAAGCAAUAUGUGAGUUGCUCUUGCAUCCUCACACAUGGCUGCGCAACAUUUCAAGUCGUCUUGUUGCUUUUUACUUUGCCAGUGCAAACAAGGCCAUCAAGCAAGACCAUGAGAAGUCAUUGGGAAUGUUUUUCCUUAUGAGGCCAAGUAGAGUGUUUAUGAUAGCUGUCUCCCUCUGCUGCCAGCUGGAAACAGAAGUUAUUGAUGAUGCCAUGAGCAACCUGAUCACUCAUAAUCUUGCCACUGCAAGUUUUGCGACACAUAUUUUGAUGGGAAGAAUGGAAUGCAUUGAUCCUUGUAAAUUCUGGUCUGCCCUUGACGAACGUGAACAAGGGCAAUUUCUUGAGGCUUUCCAGCUGCUUGAUACAAGAAAAGGAAGAGGCAUGCUUUUACAUGUGAUCUCUGGUGUACGUCGCCACAACAAUGUGAAUCAGUCUGAUAAUCUUCAGUAUUUUCUAGUCUCUAACUUGCUUAAAAAAAUGGGAGAUAUUGCUCUUCUAAAGGAUGCUAUUCAGAUGAAAACUGUCUUCAAUUGUUUUAAAGAGUUUGUGGCUCAUUUCUCAAAGGAAGAAAAAGAGUUUGCAGCUCACAUCAAUCAGGAUGACUGCCAACAUUAUGCAUAUGACAUGCUGCUGUCCUUAUAUAAAGUUUGCGAAGGAUUUGCUGGAAAAGUUGUCCCAGAUAAUUUGAAGCAGUUAGCACAAGAGGUUUGUGAUCGCAUACGAAAAGUUAUAGGCAUGGAGAAUUUUGUACAGGUUUAUAGCAACAUACGAACGAAUAUCAAGGUAAGGAGGGAAAAGAGGAAGCGGGAGGGAAAAGUCAUGGCUGUUACUAACCCUGUGCGGCAUGCCAAGAGGAAGCUACAGGUUGCAGCUAAGAAUCGUGCCCACAAGAAAAGGAAGAUAAUGACAAUGAAAAUGAAAAUGGGAAGAUGGAUGCGUUAAGAACUGAAGCUCAUCUUAAAUGGCCACAGCUAUGGCAUUAGAUGGAUACCUUGCCCGGGUGUGAUGUUUUCUCACUCAAGCCUUGCCUUGGCAGGGCCAAGUUUCCCACCGCUCUUAUUUCCGACCGUAGCCGGGCUGUGGCAGGGUUACCUCAUCAACCAGUUUUGCUGUAGACAUAGAAGAGAGCAUAAGGCAUCGGAAUGGGGAGAUUCUUGACAGGAUGCUUGGACCGAGUUUUGUGGUUUCUGUCCAGGCUGCAACAGCUUUGUGAUCCUCUAGGUGCUCCCUGAAAUAUUCAAUCACUGUAAUAAAUCUCAAUUCGAAAACCUGGCCUUUCCUGGUUCAAUGGUAUAUGUAUAACUCUUAAAAGGUGACCUGGAGCUACCGCGUGUCCUAUACUUUAGGGCAUGUGCCUCUCGAAAGGGUCUCUGAGUCAUUGUAAGGAUCACAAAAGAAGAAAUGAAAGAUUCUAUAACUAAGGUUUUAGAAGAUUGUAAGAU